AAAUAAAUAGAAUAUGUAGGAAUUGAAAUUAAAAUGGAAGGAUCUUAUUAAAUCUGCUCAAUAGAUGCGGAAAUGGCGUGAAAAAUAUUAAAAUACUGCGCAAAUGUGAAAACAUAAAGUACAGUGGCAGAUGAGUAAAGAGACGAAGCAGAACAACUAAAUAGCAAGCAAUCUUUGUUUGCAGUUAUGCAAUUCUUCGGAAUCUCAAUGUACCGAACCUAUUUGCUCCAGAACAUACAUACCCGAACCGCUCUCAUGGAGAUUGUUACCUGUUAGCACCUUCCGCUAUUUUCGGAUCGAUGUUUUCCUUUGUUCGAGUGGGGUCGCUUUUCCCAGCUAAUAUAAGACCGCGUUUCCGGUUAUCUCGUACAAACGAACCUGAUAAGAAUUGUCGAAGAAUCGUCCGUGACUCUUCUGAAAGAUCUUCCGUUUGGAGAACGUCCAUCAAGAUCGUAGAAUUCGACAUUAUCAAUCAAAACUGUGACUUUCGUGCAGAACGAUGUGCCAAUUAAUUCGAAAUAUCGAUUUUUUACAUUAAUACUUGAAUCGUUUAUUGAUCAGUGCUUAAACAAAAAUUGAUGAAUAAUUCUCCAAUUAAGUAUUUUGGAUUGCAAGAAAUAGUAAAUUAAUUUCAAGUUACAUACAAAGCUUUUUUUAAUUUUGAUAUUAAAACAUGAAGAAUACGGAUCAGAACAUCGUUAUGCCUUGUAUAGAAUUGAACGAUAAAUGUUCAAUGGAAAAUUCGGAGUUAGUGCCGAUGAGUAGCUUCGUCGACCCUGAAUACUAUUCAAUGAGAACGAAAAUUACGUGUUCAAUGUGGUUAGAAAAGAAGAGUGAAAAUUCGAGGAGGAUGCUGGCGCGUUUUCUUAGCACUAGAGAUCAAGAUCAAGCGACGAACGCGGAAGAUGUCCUCUUCGACAUGUUUAAAAACGAGGAUACCGGCCUCCUAGCGGUGGGAAAAUUUUUGGCUGCUCUGAGGACCACCGGUUUGCGAAACGAAGACCCUAGGCUUCAAGAAUUCACGGAUAAUUUACGAAAGGAACACUUGAAGUGCGGAGGUCACGAGGGAGUAUCUCACGAGACUCAAAAAUUGAAUAGAGAACAAUUUAGACGAAUUAUAAAUCCGAACAUAGUGUUGAUCUCGCGGGCGUUUAGGCAUCAAUUCAUUAUCCCCGACUGGUCGGGCUUCACCAAGCACAUAGAGGACUUCUACUGGAAAUGCAAAUCGAACUCGGAGGGCAAGGUCGCCUCGUACAUACCGCAAUUAGCGAGGAUGAAUCCAGAUUACUGGGGCGUUUCCGUUUGCACGAUCGAUGGGCAGAGAUUCAGCAUCGGCGACACCUCGAUCCCGUUUACUUUGCAAAGUUGCAGCAAACCCUUGACUUAUGCGAUCGCUUUAGAUAGGCUGGGACAAGAAGUGGUCCAUCAAUACGUCGGCCAGGAACCAUCCGGACGAAACUUCAACGAGUUGGUGCUAGAUUACAACAAGAAACCUCAUAAUCCUAUGAUCAACGCUGGGGCAAUCCUAGUUUGUUCUCUCCUAAAGUCUCUGAUCAAGCCUGAAAUGACUUUAGCCGAAAAAUUCGAUUUUACAAUGAACUACUUCAAGAGGCUAGCUGGCGAAGAGAAUCUAGGCUUCAACAAUGCUGUGUUUUUAUCGGAACGGGAAGCUGCUGACAGAAAUUACGCACUUGGAUUUUACAUGAGGGAGCACAAUUGUUAUCCCGAUAAAUCGAAUCUAAAAGAAAUCUUGGAUUUCUAUUUCCAGUGUUGCUCUAUGGAGGCGAAUUGUGACACAAUGGCAGUGAUGGCAGCUACUUUGGCCAACGGUGGUAUUUGUCCCAUCACCGAAGAAAAAGUUUUAAAGCCUGACAGCGUUCGAGAUGUUCUGAGUUUAAUGCAUAGCUGUGGAAUGUACGACUACAGUGGCCAAUUUGCGUUCAAGGUUGGCAUACCAGCGAAGUCCGGAGUGUCAGGAUGUCUCUUGGUAGUGAUACCAAACGUGAUGGGUAUUUGCACGUGGUCUCCACCAUUGGAUCCCCUUGGGAACUCCUGCAGAGGCGUCCAAUUCUGUCAGGAACUCGUCUCUGAGUUCAACUUUCAUAGCACCUACUAUGAUCACAGGUACGACAAUCUGAAGCACGCGACUAAUAAGAAAGACCCGAGGAGACACAAAUACGAAACCAAAGGGCUGUCGAUCGUUAAUCUUCUGUUCAGCGCGGCCAGUGGCGAUGUUACAGCGAUGAGAAGGCAUCGGUUGAGUGGAAUGGACAUGACCCUGUCGGAUUAUGAUGGUCGAACAGCUCUGCAUUUAGCUGCUAGCGAAGGGCAUCUGGAUUGUGUCGAAUUUUUAAUCGAACAGUGUGGAGUUCCUCACAAUCCUAAGGACAGAUGGGGAAAAAGGCCGGUCGAUGAGGCAGAAACAUUCGGACACAUGCAAGUGGUGGAAUACUUAAACAACUACGCUGUAGCCUUAAAGACGGAACAGGAAAACGAAGAAAAGGAGAAUAAUAAUACGGAGGAAGGGGAUCAAAGAAAAGUAGCUGAAUCAACGGCACAAACACCGAUACCAUAAGAUCACAGCAGCUUUAGAUAGGAUAUUUUUCAUGGAAAGUGCGCGGAUACGACUCGUAUGGCAUUUUUAGUAUUAAAGAUUUCAUUUCAUGAAAUAGCAACAGUUUGGAUGAUAGAAGGCUAGCACGUUCAUGGUAAUUUUACAGUAUUAUUCACGUGAUUUAGUUCUUACUUAUGAUAAGGAAUAAUUCGUCUCUUUUUUUUUUUUUUUUGUAAUAUACUUAUACGUAAAUGUCGUCUGUUUAAGUAUUAAUUUAAAUUUCGAAUGACUGUGCAAGAGAAGUGACGUAUACCGAUGAUAAUUGCUAUAAUAGUAUAAAGAGCACUUCGUUCAUUUACUACGAUACUCGUCCCUACGUGUUCAUCGGUGUAUGCUUUGAAUAUCAAGAAGGAAAAGUUCCAAAUUUAGGUGCAACUAAGAAUCAGUUUCUAUCAAUUUGCAAUUGACACUUUAUUAAUUUUAAUAUUUCCUGUUCCGUUUCGUUUAACCUUCCAUUUUAUUGCUAUGUUAUAUUAUAUUUCAUCAGCAUAGUAUUAUAUUGGAAUAAAACGAUUUAUUUAUGACAAUUGUUAAUAAUGACAUUUUAAAUUGAAAAAACCAGAACUGUGAUUGUCUGUAUCCUAUAUAUAAAAUUGUUAGUCAAAGGGAUAAAGAUCGUGGAUCUCUAUAUUAGUAGAGGAAGAGAAGAACAAAAAGUGGCUACCGGAAGCGUCUUCUGCUUCCUGUACGGGUGGUACAUUUUACCACUGUCUGUUUAUUCAAUCAAAUGUUCAACCCUUUAUUUGGCAAAAUGGAAGUCCAGAAAAUUGAUAUUUUUUAAUUUUCAAACUCACUUUUCUGUGAAUUAUUUGCUUUAUAAAAUUAUUGAAAUCCGAAUUGCUGAAUAAGGGGUUCGUGUUAGUGUCACGUUUCGUCAAUUACCUCGAAAUCUGCCUUAAAGUCGACGAAAGAAUGGUAAUUAUGUAAAGGGGAGUAAAAAACUUAUCAAAUUUCGCUUUGUACGAUUCUUCAUUGUCUCGUGAGCAAGAAUAUGUAAAAAUCGAAGACGCAUAGUGGAAUGAACUGCAUGGAUAACAGGGAUAUUGUCUGUUUGGAAUCUUUUACCUGAAAAAAGAAUUUUCAUAUCAGGAGAGAUUUCCCAGAUGAGAAACAUAUCGUUCUGAAUACGUGUUUAAAUUGUAAAUUUCUUUAUAAUUCUUGCAAAAUGCAUUUAAAUCUAAUUUUUUAUUUAAACAAUAAUUUCAGUUUAUGUAGCAUUCUAUUGUUUCGCGCCUAAUUUGAAAUAAAAGUAAUUAAAGGCACGAAUGUUAAUACUUCUCGUAUUUGUUUUGUAUAAUGCUACCUAAACUUGGAAAUUUCUAAACGAUUGUAUCUAAAAACUAUAAAAAAAAAGAAAGAUCUAUACAUAUACGAAAAUGAAGAAGUUUGCUUCUUAAAUUCAUUCGGGAGAUUCGCUAGAAAUUCGAACAGUUAUCGUUGCUUCAUAAGUGUAAAGAAAAAUCACGUUCAACGAGUAGAUUAGCAAAGACACGUACAAUGAGCGUCAAUUAUUUCCUCUUAGGUUAACCAGGACUGUCGGAAAAAAAAACGAAAUAGGCUUGAUUAAUGUAAAAAACAAAAAAAUUAAUACUUAAAAGUAUCUUGUUAAAUAAUCUUACAAAAAUUUUACCUUCGCAAUAUGUAAAUUUCAAGGUCUGAAUUCUCCGUCAUUUGAAUGUUUCGAAACGUCCAAUUAAUGCUAUUUCGAAUAUUACAUAAUGUAUAGCAAAAUAUUCUUCCAACGGACGAAAGACAAUAACGAUAUUUAAUGUUGGGAAAGGUAUCUAUGCAAAGACGACUUUUACUUUCAAUUGAACGAUGUUAUAAUUUUACUACGCUAAAGCAAAAAUAUUUUAUAUAAAUUAUAACUGAUUUUUCGAAAAAUCAAUUCUUUCUUAUCUAUGAUUAAAUAUAUAAUGUUGCCAUCGAAUAUUUUAUUUUAAUUUCAUUCACGUGAUAUCAUGAAUCAGAUUUACGAAUAUUAUUAUUUUAUUCCAAAAAUUGAAAAUUGAAUUAUUAUAAAAGAUACUUUUAAUCUUUAAUAUAACAUUAACAAUAUAUACAGAUAAUAAUAUUGUCGGUUGAAAGUAAAAACAGCAAAAAUAAAAUACCUUUUCCUGCCUACAUAUUAUACGAUCCUCCAACUGAUUUAAGUUCAGAUUUUCACUUACAAGUGGACAAUAACUUUCAUCGAUACAAUCAUUAUUCCGUUCAUUAACACUCGAUCCGAUCAUGUUUUAUUCUCUUAUCUUAUUGCUACAACAAUAGAAUGGGUUAUUUGUAUAAAUAUUUUGAAAGAAUGUUUUAAAUUGCGUUUAAAGAAGAAGAGUUGGAGAAAUUAUUUUAGAAAUAUGUAACUCGUACAUCUCCAUGAUUGUACUUACAUUGCUUAUGAAAUAAAUAUUUCAAGUACA